CUGUUUCUAUCGGCAGCUUGAGUAAAAAAAGCGAAAAAAAGUCAGUUCAAAUCAACUUCGCUCCACUUUUGUACUAUAAAAGUCAGCAGUGUCACUUAAUUUUGUACAAUUGAUGCGAUUUUAAAACAUUUAGUUCGUUUAUUUGCGCUUAACUUGAUACCUUCAGUUCUUUUAUUUGACGUAAUUAGUGAUAGAGGGGUGUAGUUUAAACGCAACAUUCAACUGCAGGAAUCAAAUCACAAACUAACCGGUCAGUCUCCGUGGGGCUUAUUUAAUAGUAGUUUAUCCACACUUUGAGUUUGGAAGUGAAAGUAAGCAGCCGAAAUGACUUUUGUAGACAUGGACGUGGGGAAAUAUUUGUCUCGGAUCGGGUUAACGGCCCCCGGAAAGCCCGACCUGGAGCUGCUGCGGUCUGUUCACACCCGUCACCUGCUGUCGGUGCCGUUUGAGAACCUCACGGUUCACAGCGGCGGAAGAGUCCAGCUCGAUCCCCCACUUCUCUACGACAAGAUCGUGAACCAGCGACAAGGUGGUUUCUGCUAUGAGAGUAACUACAUGUUCUCCUGGCUGCUUACUAAACUCGGCUUCGACAUGCGUCUGCUCUCCGGACAGGUGAAGAACUCGAUCACGGGUGGCUAUGGGGCACCGUUCGACCACCUGAUCAUCAUGGUGACUCUGGAGGGCCGCCGGUGGUUGUGCGACGUGUCGUUCGGGAACGCGGGGUUCACUGUCCCGCUUUCAUUGGACACCGAAGACCCUCAGGAGGAGGGCCACCGGGUGUACCGCAUCAGAGAAGCCGCGGGGAUGCGCUUUCUGGAGUGGCAAAAGGAGGAAAAUAAUGGCGCAGAUAGAGACUGGACACAGAUCUACAAGUUCACUCUUGAACCUCGGCGUCUGGAGAACUUCACCGAGAUGUGUAAUUACCACCAGACGUCUCCUUCUUCUAUCAUCUUCUGCAAGUCCCUCUGCACCGUUUUAAAACCAGGUGGAAGGCUCACUUACGUUGGCCACAAGCUUAAUACCAUCACAUUCCCAACUGAAGCAACUGGAGGCGUGGUAGAAACCACAACCAGGGAGCUCAAAGAUGAGGAGAUCCCUGGUAUUCUAGCAGAGAAAUUUGGAAUUGUACUUAAAUCUCCUCUAAUACCAAAGGAUGAGGCAAUCACUCCACCCCCCGUUACGUAUUGAUCAUGCUUUCUUGUGGGGUAUCUUUCUAACUUGUAUUUCUCUACAGCCCAAUAUCUAAACAGCUGUUGAUUUAUACUUGUAAUACAAAGGGAUUUUAAAUGAAUUCUCAUUGCUCAGGAACAUUAUUCUGUACACAGUUGAGGGUAAUCUAACCUUGAUCUUUGUCCUAAUGGUUGAGCAAUAAUCAAACACUGAUUGUCUUAAGAACACAAGCAACAAUAAAGAUAAACUGUCAUUUUGAUUUAAUAAAUUAUACAUACACUUUAAAGAUGUACAAUGGUCAUUUCAUUAAUCCACAUCUGUUUUUUUUUUUUAAA